AUGGGCAAGCUCCCAACCCACCUCCCCAGGCCAACAAGCCUCCUCACCCACCGACCCUCCCUAACCACCACCGCCAUCUCCUCCUCCUGCCGCUGCUCUACGCCGGCUCCCUACAACGCCUCGACACCCUUACCACGCAUCGCCCUCCAGCAGUCCCGCGCAGCAACCUUCAUCCCCCGUCCCCGCCGCCCCUACACCUUCACCCAGCUCAUCCAGCUCUCGGACGGAAGCACCUACACCGUCCGCUCCACCUCCCCGGCACCCCUGGUCCGCUCCGCAAAGGACUCCCGCAAUCACGCCCUCUGGCAACCCUCCGACAAGACGCUCAAGAACGUCGAGGUCGACGAGGCCGGCAAGCUCGCCGCCUUCCGUGAGCGUUUCGGCCGCGGCUUUGAUCUGGCCGCGAAGCCUACCGAGGAGGAGCUCAAUGCUGCUGCUGCUACUGCUGCGGCAGCCGCUCCCGCAUCAGCUCCCGCCGGAAAGGAGGCCGUCUCACAGGAGACGACGCCUACCAAGCCGGCCGCAGUGGAGGAGGACGACAUUUUCGACAUGGGCGAUCUGAUCAGCGGGUACGCCGCGCUGCAGCCGCAGCAAGCGGCCAAGGAGCCCCCCAAGAAGGCGGCGGCACCGGAGAAGGGUAAGAAGGGAAAGAAAUAA